AAUUGUGUUGAGCUUAUUUGAAAAGGAAUUAUGUUAGGCCUACUUAAAAAAACCCUCUACUGUCAUCAUCACCAUCUUAUGUUUUGAUAGGCCUACAUCAAAAAUGGACCAAAGAAAUCUCUUCAUGAUGAUGGGAUUUUUUUAAAAAAAUAAAUAGGCCUAGCCUAACAAAAAGUCGUACAGUAUUUUUAUAAAGAAAGGUGCAGCCAGUCAUUCAACGUAGACCUGUAUCAUCUAAGCCAGGCAUAGACAUCAUAGAAAAGAACCUCUCUGAUCAUAGCCAACUUUUUUGUUAUCCAUUCUUUACUGUUGACAUUAAUGCCUGAUUACACAUGUAACACUGUCCCCGUCUUAUAACACUACAUGUUCAUAUUACCUGACCUGUAGGAAUUCAAUUAUUUGUGUGUGGGGGGCGUUAAGGGGACCAAGUCAUUGGGUUUUCUGUACUCUUCGCCACAGCUCUCCUCAUCCGGGACAGAGUCAUGCGUGUCAGAUAGCCUACCAGAGGGGAAGCGAUAAUGGCUGACUGACUGGGGUCGCUGGAUUGUAGGCAGCUUUCUCUUAAUCGCGGGGCUGCUGGCUGCUUGUCGGACCUGCUUCUUGUUGUCAUGUCGACGUCUACCUCCCCUGCUUUCGCACAGAUGCUGGCAGUACUAUCACUGUGAAAACAAUCGCAACAUACUUGAAGCACAAAACAGCUGCAAGCCGGCAGACCUUUGCUUUGGCGUCUGAAUCACGGUCAUCAUGUCCAGAAGCAAGAGUGCCGAGUCGGUGAAGGUGGUGGUCCGCUGUCGGCCCAUGAACGAGAAGGAGCGAGCGGCAAACUACGAGAGGGUGGUGUCGCUCGACGUGAAACUUGGCCAAGUCGCCGUCAGGAAUCCCAGAGGAAGUUCCCCCCCAAAGGUUUUCACCUUUGACUCAGUCUACGACUGGAAUUCCAAGCAGGUGGACCUCUACGACGAGACCUUCCGGCCACUGGUGGACUCGGUGCUGCUGGGUUUCAAUGGUACUAUCUUCGCCUAUGGCCAGACCGGUACCGGUAAGACUUACACCAUGGAGGGUGUCCGCAACGACCCCGAGAGGAGAGGCGUCAUCCCCAACUCGUUCGAGCACAUCUUUACGCACAUCUCGCGCUCGCAGAACCAGCAGUACCUGGUGCGCGCGUCCUACCUGGAGAUCUACCAGGAGGAGAUCCGUGACCUGCUGUCCAAGGACCAGUCCCGGAGGCUGGAGCUGAAGGAGCGCCCCGACACGGGCGUCUACGUCAAGGACCUCUCGUCCUUCGUCACCAAAAGCGUGCGCGAGAUCGAGCACGUGAUGAACGUGGGCAACCAGAACCGCUCGGUGGGUUCCACCAACAUGAACGAGCACAGCUCGCGCUCGCACGCCAUCUUCGUCAUCACCAUCGAGUGCAGCGAGACGGGCGUGGACGGCGAGAACCACAUCCGCGUGGGCAAGCUCAAUCUGGUGGACCUGGCGGGCAGCGAGCGGCAGACCAAGACCGGCGCCCAGGGCGAGCGGCUGAAGGAGGCCACCAAGAUCAACCUCUCGCUCUCCGCGCUGGGCAACGUCAUCUCGGCGCUGGUGGACGGCAGGAGCACGCACAUCCCGUACCGCGACUCCAAGCUCACGCGGCUGCUGCAGGACUCGCUGGGCGGGAACGCGCGCACCGUCAUGGUGGCCAACAUCGGGCCGGCCUCCUACAACGUGGAGGAGACGCUGACCACGCUGCGCUACUCCAACCGCGCCAAGAACAUCAAGAACAAGCCGCGCAUCAACGAGGACCCCAAGGACGCGCUGCUGCGCGAGUUCCAGGAGGAGAUCGCCCGGCUCAAGGCGCAGCUGGAGAAGAAGUCGGGCCGGCGGCGCAGGAAGCGCAGACGCCGGAGGGGCGAGGCCGGCGAUGACGGCACAGACGACGGAGAGGAGGACGACGAUGAGGACGAGGAAGAGGAGGACACCGUGGCCGCCGAGGGGGACAAGACUGACUACUGGAACGUCCAGCAGGAGAAGCUAGAGAAGGAGAAGAUGGCCAUUCUGGAGGACCACAGCCUGGUGGCGGAGGAGAAACUACGGCUUCUCAAGGAGAAGGAGAGGAAGAUGGACGACUUGCACAGAGAGAAGGAGGCCAGCGAGUUGUUAGCUGCCAAAAUCAAGGCCAUGGAGAGUAAACUACUAGUUGGAGGCAAGAACAUUGUUGACCACACCAAUGAGCAGCAAAAGAUUCUAGAACUGAAACGAAAGGAGAUAGCGGAACAGAAACGGAGGGAGCGUGAAAUGCAGCAGCAGGUGGAGUGCCAAGACGAGGAGACGCUAGAGCUGAAGGAGACCUACAGCUCUCUCCAGCAGGAAGUGGACAUCAAGACCAAGAAGCUGAAAAAGCUCUUUGCCAAGCUGCAGGCAGUCAAGUCGGAGAUCCAGGAUAUCCAGGACUCGCACAUUAAAGAGAGGCAGGACCUGGAGCAGACCCAGAACGAGCUCACCAGAGAACUCAAGCUCAAGACUCUGAUUAUGGAGAACUUCAUCCCAUUAGAGGAGAAGACCAAAAUCGAGAACAGGGCUUUCUUUGACGAGGAGGAUGACUGCUGGAAACUUCGGCCCAUCACUCGAAUAGAGAAUGACCAGAAGAUGAUGACGAGGCCUGUGUCUGCGGUGGGUUACCGGCGGCCGCUGAGUCAACAUGCUCGUCUGGCCAUGAUGAUGCAGCCAGAUGUUAGAUACCGGGCUGAGAAUAUCCUGCUGCUGGAGCUGGACAUGCCCGGCCGGACCACCAAGGAGUACGAAGAGCCCGUCAUUGCGCCCAAGGUGGCGGCAGCGCUGGAAGACGCGCUACGCGACGAAGACGAGAUCCAGGUCGACGCCGCCGCGCUGUACAGCGCCGGCAGCCUCGGCCUCCGCGGCCUCUACGGCGGCCUCAGCGCCAGCAGCAGCGCCGGCAGCCUCGGCGCCAUCAGCCCCGGCUCCGUCGGCACGGCAGGAGGCUCCGCCAAGAAGCCCAAAUCAGGCCGUCCGAAAACCGGCAAGAAAGUGAGCACCCCCACAUCUGCACACAGCCCCUCCGCCACGGGUCUCAGCCCCCUCUACCCACAGUCCCGCGGGCUCGUGCCAAAGUGACCACCACCCCUGUGGACCACCCCCUCCCUGCCAUCCCUCCUAAACCUUUCCCCUGGCUUGACAUUGGAUACUGGACUAUAAGGAAUGAUUCUACAGUUCUACCAACACCCCCCCCCCCCCCCCCUCUCUCUUUCCCUCCAAUAUCCCAAGCAAUCCCAACCUCCAACCCUUCCAAGACCCUUCUGUUGACCAACUACAUUUCUGGAGCCUGACAUGAUGCUAAUGACUGUCAUUGUGUGACCAACGAUACAUUUUCUCCCAGACCUCCCUGAGUUCUACACUAUCAGGUGUUCACAACAUCCUCCUACUAACAAUGCAAUUAACCAAGAGCAAAAACACUAGCAAACUGAACCUUGCAGAAACCACCCUUCCCAUGAAGAGUGUGUGUGGGGGGGGGGGGG